ACGCAGCUACACAGACUAUGUAGCAUCACAUGGCCAACCAUCCAGAGUAAACAAAUGUAUUGAAACCUACACGAAGUAUAUGUCGCACAUAACGACAUGUGAUGAUUAGCAAAAAAUUAUGUGUUUAACAUCACAAACCCACUUAACCUCGUCGGAACCUGGUUAAUCUCUUCGGAACAGUAAAACCGAACCCGAUUUACCCGGUUUUUAAAAAAACCCGACCCACCCUUAAUUAACCAUAAACCCGACCCAGAUUUAACCUAAAUCUAGCCCAAUUCUGCAAUUUAGAAGCCCAUUAAAAUGAGAAAAGAAGAAAUCGAAUCAAGAACUCAACUUUCCCCGUUCUUCGAAUCGUGAGAGAGAGAGAACGAACAAGUGCAAAAGAAGUGGAUUUUGUGGCUAAAUUCGCAAGAGAAGAGUGAAUCGGUGAAGAAUCAAGUCGAGAUGAGUGUCUCGGUGAAAGUGAAAUGCUUUCACUCUGGUCGGUUUAAAGAUGAAGGUGGAUUGUGUUAUGUAGAUGGAACCGUCGACGAGUUCGAGUUGGAUGCGGAUUCUCUUUUCACGAACUUGGUAAUGAAGAUGUUUGAGAAAAGGAUAGUGAUUGGGAAGUUGUGGUUCAAGCUACCAUUCCAUGAGUUGGAAGAUAGGAAACCUUUAUUUGAAAAUGUCGAAGCCAAUAAGAAGAGAAUGGAAUCUUCAGCGCGUUGGUACAAGGAGCUCGACAUCUAUGUAGAGAGAGAUAGGGUUGUUCUAGCUGAAGAAGGUAGCACGAAUGUUGGAGUUCAAGAAAGGGUUAUGAACGUUGAACCAGAAGAAGAGGGUCUGCAUGAUAGAGCUGAAAAACAGUGUGAGAAGCUCUGUGAAAAGCUGGCUGAAAAGAAUUCUGAGACGGGUUUGAUGUUUGAUGAAGAUGAAGAUGAGGCGUUAGACACUUUGUAUGAUCCUCUUGCAGACGACUCGGAUGAUGAGAAGUGUUCAGAAGAUGCCUUGUCAGAAUCUUCAGAAUCGAAUGAUGAGGCGGAAGUUGUUGAAGAGGAUAUAGUAGACAUCGACAAUGUGAACUAUGAGGAACAGAUACCAGACAAAGAUGAGGUGUACCCUGCUACAGACGAUUCAUCUGGUGAUGAAGAAGAACAAGCUGAGAGAUUAGUGCAAAGGGGUUUACCGGAUGGAGUGUUCAGCUUGAGACAGCUCUUCAGCAGUGGGUCAGAAUUUAAGAAGAAUGUCAUAAGAUACAUCCUGAAGACUGGGCGUAAUGUGAUAUUUGAUAGAUGGGAAAAGACUAAGCUUGGUGCAAAGUGUGGUGAAAAGAAUUGUGGAUGGAGGAUAUAUUGCUCUGUUGAAGAACCUAUCGGCAAAUGGAUGGUUAAGGUAUAUGAAGAUGAGCAUCAAUGUCAUCCUGUGGGGCGGUGCAAGCUUAUCAAGAGCCCUGUUGUUGCUGAUUUGUUUCUUGAAGAUAUAAGGCGAGAUCCAGAGAUGAGUGCACCGGAGAUCAAAGAUGAAAUGAAAAGGAGAUACAACAUUAUCAUCUCGCCUGCUCAGUCACAAGUUGCUAGAAGACUGAUUUUCGAUAAGUUGCAAGCUGAAACUGAUGAACAAUUUGCAAGACUUAGAGACUACGAGCAUGAAAUCAAGAGGACCAACAAAAACACUACUGUGGAGAUCAACACAACUCGUAGAGAAGAUGGAAGUGAAGCAUUUUCACAAAUGUACUUAUGCUUUGCGGCUCUAAAGACUUCAUGGAAGCAACACUGCAGACCAGUUAUUGGUUUGGACGGUACGUUUUUGAAGCACUCAAUGCAGGGAAUGAUAUUAACUGCUAUUGGAAGGGAUCCUAAUAACCAGAUAUACCCGAUAGCGUGGGCUGUAGUUUCUUCUGAAAAUAAUGAUAAUUGGGAGUGGUUUAUCCACAAAGUCAAGGUCGACUUGGACUUGGGUGAAGGCGAUGAGAUCACAAUAAUAUCUGAUAUGCACAGAAGUUUGAUCCACGGUGUUGCUACUGAGUUGCCAAAGGCAGAGCAUUGGGCUUGUGCAAGACAUAUCUACGCCAAUCUGAAGAAACUGCACAAGUCAGACACACUGAAGCCAAUGUUUUGGAGGGUCGCAAGCAGCUACAAUGAAGCUGAUUUCAAGCAAAAUUUAGCUGCAUUUAGAGAGUUUGACCCCUUGGCAUGUGAUGAGCUCCUUAAGAGAGACCACCGGACUUGGUGUAGGGCGUUUUUUAGGAUUGGUUGCUGUUGUGCAGACACACACAACAACUUGACAGAGUCCUUUAAUAGGACUCUAAAGGUGGCACGGAAGAAACCUUUUGUCCAGAUGUUAGAGCUGAUAAGGAGAGAUGCAAUGCAAAGGAUUGCCAACCGCUUUGAACUAGCUCGUAAGGAACCUGCAAGGCAUACUAAGAAAGCAAGAAAGGAGGUUGAGAAGUCGUGUGAUGAAGCUCAACACUGUCGUUCUGUCUCUAGCACUGGUGGGAGGUAUGAGGUUGUUGAGGGAACUAAUGGAUACUCGGUGAAAUUGCACAAGAGGACAUGUGCGUGUAGAAAGUGGGAUCUAACUGGGAUUCCAUGUCGUCAUGCUGUGUGUGCGAUCAGGGAGAACACAGGCUUGGUUGAAGACUACAUAUCUGAUUACUACACGACCGAGAAAUGGAGAGAGACUUAUCGAAGAGAUUUGAAGCCGGUCAAUGGACCAAAAUUUUGGGUUGAGUGUGGAGGAGGACGCAUUGUUGGACCACCUUACAAACGUCCUCCAGGAAGACCUAAGGGAAAAGCUAGGAUCAAAGGAGUACAUGAGUCACCCUCAAAAAAGAGGGUUGGUCGCAAAGGAAGGGUACCACACUGUGGUAUUUGCAGUGAGAAAGGUCAUAACUCAAGGACAUGCCCCACUGAGUCUCCGGAGACCAGGGAAAAACGAAGACGGCUAAGUAAGCAAUGUGAAGAAGAUGCUGAAGAAGCAGCUGCAAGGAAUGGUCAAGAUGAAGCAAACGAUGAAGCUCAGGAAACAGCUGAAAUGGAAGCUGAUUUGGCAGCUCAAAUGGAAGAUCAAGUAGAAGUUGAGUUUAUUUCUUCUACUGCACCUCAGCCAAGCCAACCAAGCCAAGGAAACCAAGCACCACAACGAAACCUCAGAAGAAGCAGUCGCUUGGCAGCUUUGCUUUUCGGUUGAAGGGAGGUUUAUCCUUUUUUUGAAAAACAAUUUACAUGUGGUAACAUGUUCUCGGGUACCUUAUUAGGAUUGUUUUACAUGUUUUAACAUGUCCUCGGAAAGCUUCUUUUUUCAUGUUCUAUCAUGUUAACGAUGAUGUAAUGUUUAAACUUCAACUAUGUAUUCCAUUUUGAACUGGUUUAUCUACUUCUAGUUUAUGAUUAUAGUUUGUCAUUCUAAGCUUCUUAUAAAUGUAAAACAUCUCAAUACUAGCCUAAAAUAUCAUCACAUUACACAUUCAUCAUUCAUUACAUAACCAGUUUUUUUUAGAAACAUAAGACUCAUUCAUCACAUAACUAGUCUUUAGAAAGGAAAAGAAACAGAAGACUCAACACUCUUAAUCACUAACAAUACAACACAGUUUCAGAAACUUAUUCUUCCAACCAAGGUUGGGGUUCAAACGUUUCAUCUCAUCUUCACUUCCAUUUGAUUUUGCAGCCUCUUUCUUCUCCAAUUCCAUAGAAAGUUCCAAAUUUCUAUUUCUCAGUUCAUUGAUCACUCUUCUUUUCUCUCUAAUUUCAUCUCUAGCUUCAAUCAACGCUCUUUUUGGCCACCCAGUGACUUCUCCUUCAUCGAACCAUUCAAAGAAUUUGCAGUGUUCAUUGCCCAUUUCCUAUACCCAAAUACAUACAAGAUGUACUCACUCCAAAAAAAAUAGUAACCAAUUGUGAGCAGAAGAAUUGUGUACCUUAUACAGUUCACAACCAAAAAAUUUUCGCCCAGGAUUCUUAUUUGUCCACGCAGUGAAAAUCUUGGCGGGCAACCCACAGUCACACAUUCUUCUGCCUCCAAUAGAUCUGCUCCGCCUAAAACUCGAAGAUUCAGCGUUGUAAGUCAUCGUCUCACACUCUCGGGUCUUCGUCUUCCUCUUGUAACUCAGUAGCCUCUGUUUCUUUUUUUCUUGUUGAGAGAAGGAGAUAAAGGUCUGAGAGACCAGAUUUUAGAUUUAGGUUAAAUCUGGGUCGGGUUUAUGGUUAAUUAAGGGUGGGUCGGGUUUUUUUAAAAACCGGGUAAAUCGGGUUCGGUUUUAUUGUUCCGAAGAGAUUAACCGGGUUCCGACGAGGUUAAGUGGGUUUGUGAUGUUAAACACAUAAUUUUUUGCUAAUCAUCACAUGUCGUUAUGUGCGACAUAUACUUCGUGUAGGUUUCGAUACAUUUGUUUACUCUGGAUGGUUGGCCAUGUGAUGCUGCAUAGUCUGUGUAGCUGCGUAACAAUUUUCC